AUGCUGAGGACAACGGGACACCAUGGAUCACUCCGGGACAUUGGCGCGACCAAUGAGAAUGCCUCGCCAAACAACGAGAAUUAUGUGAAGGAGUUGGAGACUGACGUUCUUAUUGUUGGUGCUGGCUUUGGUGGUAUCUACCUGAUGCACAACCUUCGUCAGCUAGGCUCUAAGUGCAAGAUCUUCCAGGCCAGCACAAACCUUGGAAGUAUAUGGCACUGGAAUUGCUACCCAGGUGCAAGAGUCGGUUCACAAGUACCGAUCUAUGAGUACUCAUUGCCAGAGAUCUGGAAAGACUGGUAUUGUUCAUGCCGAUACCCUGGCACCGAUGAGCUUCGCCAAUACUUCGAUCACGUCGAGAAGAAGUUGGAUAUCAAGAAGGAUUGCGCUUUCAACACUCGCGUUGUUGGCGCUGACUUCGACAAGCCGUCUGGCAAGUGGAUCAUCGAGACAGAGGAUGGCCGUACUGCGAAGGCCAAGUACAUGCUCCUGGCGCUCGGCUUCGCCGCAAAACGUCAUUUUCCAGACUGGCCUGGCAUGCAGGACUUCGAGGGCGAGAUCCACCACUCCUCAUUCUGGCCCGAUGCCGGCGUUGAUGUCAAGGGCAAGCGCGUUGCCGUUAUUGGCACUGGCUCAACCGGCAUUCAGAUCGCUCAGGAGACUUCCAAGGAGGCUGCCUCCGUGACAAACUUUGUCCGAACGCCCAACCUAUGCUUGCCAAUGCAACAAAUUUCUCUCACUCGAGAAGAACAAGACAGGCGAAAGGAGACAGAGUACGAGGAGAUCUUCAAGAAUAACCGACUAAACAUAUUCGCCGGGUUCCAGUAUGACUACAUCGAGAAGAACACCUUUGACGACAGCCCUGAGGAGCGCGAGGCGUUCUAUGAGAAGCUCUGGAAGAAUGGCGGCUUCGAGUUCUGGCUUGCCAAUUACAAGGAUCUGCUGUACGAGAACAAGGCCAACCGGGAAGCGUACAACUUUUGGGCAAAGAAGACCCGUGCAAGGAUAUCAGAUCCUGUGAAGCGUGAGAUCCUUGCUCCGCUGGAGCCACUUCACGCAUUUGGUACCAAGCGGCCAUCGCUCGAGCAGAACUAUUACGAGAUGCUUGACAGACCUGAGAACCAAGUCAUCGACUGUAAGAAGACACCCAUUGAGAGGUUCACCAAGGAGGGUAUUGUUACAACGGACGGCAAGCUGCACAAGUUUGAUGUCAUUGCCCUUGCAACUGGGUUCGACUCAGUAACUGGCGGUAUGAAGAACAUGGGCCUGCGAAAUGUUGAUGGUGUUGAGCUGUCCGACACAUGGAAGAGCGGAACAUACACAUACAUGGGCAUGACCCUCUCUGGUUUCCCCAACAUGUUCUUCUUGUACGGUGCUCAGGGCCCCACUGCCUUCUCGAAUGGACCAACGUGCGUCGAGAUCGACUACUGCGAUUCCACUCGCCAGGCCGAAGAGGAGUGGCGCGAGAAGGUUAUCGAGUUGUCAGACAAGACAUUGUUCCCUCAGACGAAGAGUUGGUAUAUGGGACACAACAUCCCCGGAAAGGUUCGCGAACAGCUCAACUUUGCCGGAGGCUGUCCGCUGUACAGAGAGCUUACGCAAGCAUCGCUCGACAAGGGGUUCGAAGGUUUUAUCACUGCUUGA